UUAAUGUUGAAACUGCAUUGAAAGUUAUGGAUAGUGCCUGAAUAAUGUGUGGUUACAUUUCUUUUAUGAUAUCUCUUUUAUACUAGUGUAUAUUUUUAAAGAGUUCCCUAAUCUGUAAUUUGAAUUGCUGAGGUUAAGUCACUAAGGAAGAAGAUGAUACUGUUACCGGCACCCCACCUCUUCCCUUGAUCAAGCUCUAUGGUUCCUAAGUGGUUAAGCCUUUUUCACAAAUUUUCUUUCGUUACAUUGACCUUCCACUGAAAAACCUAAUUAAAUACAUGAAUCCUGUGAAAACUCUUGGACACUGUACUAUCCACUCACCAGAUAUUUUAUUUUUCAAGAUUAUUUCAAAAGAAGUUAAUCUGGUGCUCAUUUGUUUAAACUGCAGACACUUAGUUCAACAGCAAAGAUCAUGGUAGAAGCUGGCAAAUGGUCCAUGAACAUUGUCAUGGAGUUGACAGUGAGUGUUCAGAAAUAAAUUCUCCAGAUAAAAAAGCCACAAAAACAUAAAUAUUAAGUGAUUUUUCUGCUUGAAAUUUUCUUCUUGCAUAUUAGCCACUCAUUGUUUAUCUGUUAAUAAGUGAAUGUUGUAAUGGCUGCUGGGGACAGGGAGAUAUGUUUACUCCUCUAAAGUUGCUUCUUUUUUUUUGAAAUAUAAGUACUACCUAGCAUAAAAUGCAGAGUUAUUGAAGAGGCACUGACGCCUAGUGAAAAUUUAGUCACUUACUAUGUGACUUUGUUUUAUUAUUUAAGCCAACUCAAAUUCAGUUUCUUCUUUGGGAAAUUGGAAUAAAUAUGCUUUUCUUGCCAAGCUAUUGUGAGAAUUAUAAACAAUGUAUGUAAACACAUCUAAAGUAGUGAGUGCCUGACGUGUAGUUAGGAACUCAAUAAAUGGUAGCAGUUAUUAUUAUCAUUGUUAUGAUUGCAGCCACAUUUCUUCAUGAGAAAUCUAUUGUCUUUUCAUUAAGUAUUUAUUUUAAGACAGGAGUACUCUCUGAUCUUCCUUAUUAAAAUAAAGCCCAGUCUAGGUGCUCUAGUUUAGCAUGAUCCUUGCCAAGCAAAGUAGUUAGUGUCUAGAAGCUUCAUUGAACUGACCUUCCUGAACCUUGAGCUCACAUAACACACAUGGAGCCAUCCGCAAAACUUGAUCAUUGUCCUUAGGUAGAAAUCACUAUUUUUUUCUUCUAGCUUAGUUAAUUCAGCUUUUUAAUGCUUCCAUCUUUUUCCUUUCUUUUGAGAAAAUAUGGAUUAUAUGUCACAAGGUGGUUUCAAAAGCACACCCAGUUCCUAUUCAGCUGCUUACAUGGAGAAUUGUAUGCAGACUAUUAUAUUCCACAGUGAGGGCUGACAAAUUUUCUGUAAAAGACCAGGUAAUAAGUGUUUUGGGCAUUGCAGUCCAGACAAUCCCUGUCAUAAUUCUCAACUCUGCCCUUACAGCAUAAAAGCAGCCAGAGACAAUAUGCUGAUGGACAGCUGAGGCUGUAAUCCUCAUCUAAUCUAACCUAUUGGGAGACCUAGCUGAAUUUGGCCCACAGGCCAUAGUUUCCCAACUCUUGCUCUAUAUUAUGCUGACUUAGCAGUGAGUGCUGUCACCAUAGCCGAGAGGAUUUAUGUAGUACAUCUAGCCAAGGGCUUGAACAUAGGUAAGGCCGCCUGAAAUUAACAUGAAGGGAAUGCUUCUCAGACUCCAGAACUGUGUGCUGUGUUUGGGAUACUUUUAGUCAUGUGCUUCUCUGCUAGAGCUGUUCUACCAUUGUGUGGCCAGCAGUCAUCGUGUCUUGCUCACAAUAUACGGUCUGCUACUUACAGGCCUUACCAUUCCGGCUUCAAAUCUGAGCUACUGCCUUUCUUAAUAAUUAUUGAAUUGGCGGAACGGAAGCCCCCCCUUUUCAACAUGAAUGCAAUGAGUGCCUUAUAUCACAUUGCUCAGAAUGACUCCCCAACAUUACAGUCUAAUGAAUGGACAGACUCCUUUAGGAGAUUUGUUGAUUACUGCUUGCAGAAAAUACCUCAGGAAAGGCCAACGUCAGUGGAACUAUUACGGCAUGACUUCAUUCGCCGAGAUCGGCCACUACGUGUCCUAAUCGACCUCAUACAGAGGACAAAAGAUGCUGUUCGUGAGCUAGAUAACCUACAGUACCGAAGAAUGAAAAAAAUCCUUUUCCAAGAGACACGAAAUGGACCCCUUAAUGAGUCACAAGAGGAUGAAGAAGACAGUGAACAUGGAACCAGCCUGAGCAGGGAAAUGGACAGCCUGGGCAGCAACCAUUCCAUCCCCAGCAUGUCUGUGAGUACAGGCAGCCAGAGCAGCAGUGUGAACAGCAUGCAAGAAGUCAUGGAUGAGAGCAGCUCUGACCUUGUCAUGAUGCAUGAUGAAAGCACAGUAAAUUCCAGUUCCUCUGUUGUACCCAAGAAGGAUCAUGUAUUCAUAAGGGAUGAGGCGGGCCACGGCGAUCCCAGGCCUGAGCCGCGGCCUACCCAGUCAGUUCAGAGCCAGGCCCUCCACUACCGGAACAGAGAGCGCUUUGCCACGAUCAAAUCAGCAUCUUUGGUUACACGACAGAUCCAUGAGCAUGAGCAGGAGAACGAGUUGCGGGAACAGAUGUCAGGUUAUAAGCGGAUGCGGCGCCAGCACCAGAAGCAGCUGAUCGCCCUGGAGAACAAGCUGAAGGCUGAGAUGGACGAGCACCGCCUCAAGCUACAGAAGGAGGUGGAGACGCAUGCCAACAACUCGUCCAUCGAGCUGGAGAAGCUGGCCAAGAAGCAAGUGGCUAUCAUCGAAAAGGAGGCAAAGGUAGCUGCAGCAGAUGAGAAGAAGUUCCAGCAGCAGAUCUUGGCCCAGCAGAAGAAAGACUUGACAACUUUCUUAGAAAGUCAGAAGAAGCAGUAUAAGAUUUGUAAGGAAAAAAUAAAAGAGGAGAUGAAUGAGGACCAUAGCACACCUAAGAAAGAAAAGCAAGAGCGGAUAUCCAAGCAUAAGGAGAACUUGCAGCACACACAGGCUGAAGAGGAAGCCCACCUUCUCACUCAGCAGAGACUGUACUAUGACAAAAACUGUCGUUUCUUCAAGCGGAAAAUAAUGAUCAAGCGGCACGAGGUGGAGCAGCAGAACAUUCGGGAGGAACUAAAUAAAAAGAGGACCCAGAAGGAGAUGGAGCAUGCCAUGCUAAUCCGGCACGACGAGUCCACCCGAGAGCUAGAGUACAGGCAGCUGCACACGUUACAGAAGCUACGCAUGGAUCUGAUCCGUCUACAGCACCAGACUGAACUGGAAAACCAGCUGGAGUACAAUAAGAGGCGAGAAAGGGAACUGCACAGAAAGCAUGUCAUGGAACUUCGGCAACAGCCAAAAAACUUAAAGGCCAUGGAAAUGCAAAUUAAAAAACAGUUUCAGGACACUUGCAAAGUACAGACCAAACAGUAUAAAGCACUCAAGAAUCACCAGUUGGAAGUUACUCCAAAGAAUGAGCACAAAACAAUCUUAAAGACACUGAAAGAUGAGCAGACAAGAAAACUUGCCAUUUUGGCAGAGCAGUAUGAACAGAGUAUAAAUGAAAUGAUGGCCUCUCAAGCGUUACGGCUAGAUGAGGCUCAAGAAGCAGAAUGCCAGGCCUUGAGGCUACAGCUCCAGCAGGAAAUGGAGCUGCUCAAUGCCUACCAGAGCAAAAUCAAGAUGCAAACAGAGGCACAACAUGAACGUGAGCUACAGAAGCUAGAGCAGAGGGUGUCUCUGCGCAGAGCACAUCUUGAGCAGAAGAUUGAAGAAGAGCUGGCUGCCCUUCAGAAGGAACGCAGCGAGAGAAUAAAGUACCUAUUGGAAAGGCAAGAGCGAGAGAUUGAAACUUUUGACAUGGAGAGCCUCAGAAUGGGAUUUGGGAAUUUGGUUACAUUAGAUUUUCCUAAGGAGGACUAUAGAUGAGAUUAAAUUUUUUUGCCAUUUACAAAAAAAAAGAAAACACAAAAAAAUUCAGACCCUGCAAAACCACAUUCCCCAUUUUAACGGGCGUUGCUCUCACUCUCUCUCUCUCUUACUCUUACUGACAUCGUGUCGGACUAGUGCCUGUUUAUUCUUACUCCAUCAGGGGCCCCUUCCUCCCCCCGUGUCAGCUUUCAGUGCUGGCCAAGACCUGGCCAUCUCUUCUAUUCAUAGUACAUGUCACAGUAUUGAUGUGAUUCAAAAUGUUUCAGUGAAAACGUUGGAGACAGUUUUAACAAAACCAAUAAACCAACAACAAAAAGUGGACGUAUAUUGCUUUAAGCAAUCACUCAUUACCACCAAUCUGUGAAAGCAAAGCAAAAAAAAUAAUAAUAAAUGCCAAGGGGGAGAGAGACACAAUAUCCGCAGCCUUACACCUUAACUAGCUGCUGCAUUAUUUUAUUUUAUUUUAUUUUUUUUGGUAUUUAUUCAUCAGGAAUAAAAAAAACAAAGUUUUAUUAAAGAUUGAAAAUUUGAUACAUUUUACAGAAACUAAUUGUGAUGUACAUAUCAGUGGUGACAUAUUAUUACUUUUUUGGGGAUGGGGUGGGUGGGUGGGGUGAAGAGAUCUUGUGAUUUUUAAGAACCUGCUGGCAAGAGUUUAACUUGUCUUCAGCAUAUUCUGAUUGUAUCAUAAUCAUUUUCUGCUGUUGCAGAGGAUGUGAAUACACUUAAGGAGCUCACAGAAUCCCAGUAGCACAAAUUGGGCUUUGGCAAAUCGUGUAUUUUGUGUAUAGAAGGAAUUUAAGGAGAGGUAUUACUUAUUUUCAUAUUGUAUUUUAACUGUUUCUCUGAUCAAAUUUUUUUACUUCCUCCUCCUAUUCCUCCCCACCUCCCUCCUUUUCCAAUUCAGUAUUUGGAGUUCAACACUGUCUCUCAAUCAGAUCAUCUUGAUCUUUUUCUUUAUUUCCCUUCCCCUCCCCAAAUCCCAUAUCUUGGUCAUAAAUAUUGCAUUAUUCACACUUUCAAACUGUGUAUUUUCUUACAAUAAAAAAUGAUGAAAAAAAAAAGGCUUUACUUCUUUUGCAUGCACUUUAAAAAACAAAACAAAACAUUUUUCAGGUUCCAAGGAAGAGCAUGAUAAAACUGUCAGAGCUUUUAAUUAUAUUUGUAAAUAAAAGUGUUCAUCACA